GAUGUAAACGGUGACUCGCGUUAACGGUUUGUGUUUUAAAAUUCCUGUUUACCGUUUAUGUCUUGUAAAACUGUACAUGUCUAUAGGAGCGACCACGUUAUUUCCGUGUUUCUUUCGGUUUAUUUGCAGAAAACCUGAGCACGAUGGAGCGACUGAAGCAGAUGGAGGAUGACUCCAUCUUUAAUAUGUCUGAGAGAAGAGAAUAUUCUUUUCCCCCACCAUUGCCCAGUGGUGUUGAACCCUCAGAACUGUAUCAAAUCAUUUCAAGGCACAGCCAGUACCCACCCAUUCUACACGCCUAUUCACGGAUGCAGGCAGUGCCAUUCAAAGAGCAACGUCACAACCGGGCUCCUACUGAGUCUAUUGGAAACAACUACAGUCCACGGGCCCAGAACUUGAAAAUGAUUAAUCUCAAGCAGAGGCAACAUAUCCGCCACCACGGGCCUUCUUCCACUCCAUCUGGAAAGAAACAAGUAACUACGCAAAGGAAAAGGAACAUUUCCUCUCAUGCCUCAGCCUCAUCUCGGGCAAAGCAUAGCCCUAGAAACAUCCGCAUUGCCAGCAGCCCACCCAUGAGUCCUGAAGAGCAGCUGGACAUCAUUCGCAGGCAAGAGGAGAAGACUCAGUCAGAACCUAGUGACAAAGACCUGGAGAGGUAUAUGUACUACAUCAACAAUGGUAUCCCUAGCUCAGUGCUGGCUCCAGAGCCAUCCCAGCAGAUGAUCAACAUCAAGAAACUGCUUCCUCCUGACACUGACGAUAGAAAACAACUCAGAAUUUUAAGAGACGACUUGGAAGAGGAGGCCAAAAAAGUGUAUCACGUCACCAUCAAGAGGAGCAUAGUGGACUACAUUCUGAUGGACCCAUCUGAGCGCUAUCGACUUUCCAUAAACAGCAUCCCCAAGCCUUUUCCCAGAAAGGUGGUCCGUGCUCCAGUGCCCUGGGCCGACAGCUACAGGGAUGCCCACAUGUGGCAAAGUCAGCAUCUGUUUACAGUUAGUCCCAUUAUGCUCCAGUUGCAGGAUGUCUGGGUAAACAGCUUCUCAUCCUUGAGAUUUGUCAGAUUGGAUGACCUUUUCUCCACCCACCUCCCCCUCCUCCCAUCUGAGUUUGAAGAGUUUGUCCAGAGACAGUGCCAGACUACUAGAAAUGAACUGGUUGAAAAGUGGCUGCCUCAAUGUGCUUCAGUUUUUGUCACCUUCAAGGACCAGCGGUUGCCCCUCAUGUCCGACAGUAGGAAGGUGGCUCCAGAUGAUGUCCAGGAGUUCUUCAGCUGUGUGGCUGUUCUCAUGUCGUUGCAACUCCGAAGCCUGGUCAUACAAUCACUGCAGGACUUGCUGCAAUUCUUCAUGAUACACAAGGAUGGCAAUGACUUUGGGGAGGUGUUUGACGACUUGAAGUAUGUCCAGUCUCAGGUCCUGCUGGUUAAGCUGCAAGCGGAUGAGCCUCAUAUUAACUUUAUUCCCAGCUUCCAGGAAUGUUGGGAAUUUACUCGUAGGGCCUUCAUGGAAAUCAUCAAGGGUGCUGAGAAGCUCCCAAGGGUGGAAUGUAACCUCUUUCCUGAUGUCAAGAACUUGUACCUACGGACUGUCAAGCCCAAUGAAUCAUUGGUUACAGACAUUAUCACCAAAGCCAAGGAGGUUUUCCACAAAAACACUGUGGGACCAAAAAAGUAUUUGGAUGUAUAUCAAAAGUACAACAAUCUGCUCGACAAUACAGGAAAGCAGGACAUAUCAGCAUUCCUCAAAGAAAAGCAUUCAUUAGAAGGAUUUACCAGAAAAAUUGAGAGCAUUGAUUCAUUGUCCCAGGAGAUUGGAUUGCUUCACGUCACAGUACCCCUGUCUAUGUUUUGUCUGUAUGCUGGCAUCCUGAAUGAUGACCUGCGUGACCGUGCCGAGAAGCUGAAAGACAAACUCGUCGCAUUUAAGGUGGAGGAAAACCGUGAGCUUAACACGGGGAUCUGUCAAAAGUAUGAGGAGAUUACAAACACCAUCAGAGGCACCCCGGAAACUACAGAGGAAUUGGUGUCUCUCAACCAGUACAUAAAAAAAUCCAGCGAUGUGACCAUUCACAAGCUGAUAGAUGAGGUUGACGAGGCAACCUACCGCCUCAGCUUCCUCCUGGACUGCGUCACACUGCCUCCUGACGAUUUGAGGCUAAAUGCCUGUGUUUUCCAGUGGCCCAAUCAGAUCCGGACUGAGCUGGAGGACAGCAAGGCUCGUCUGACCAUCAUGAGAGAAGAGGCAGAUGAACAACUUCUAACAAGGAUUGUAUACUUUAACCAGAGGCUAGAAGGUUUGGACAAGGAGAUCCGGGCUUUUGCAAGGAAGGAAAUGUUCGACAUUGAGGAGAUGAGGAACAAUGUGGGAAAUCUCUCUCAAAUUACUGCCAACCUGGAGGCUGCGGUCAUGGAAGUGGAGGAUAUCAACAAAGAGCAGACAUUGCUAGAGAGAGAACACACACAGUUCCCAAUGGUGCAAACUCUGAUAGCUGAUAAACAGCCAUAUGAACAACUCUGGAACACAGUGCUGAACUUUCAGAGCAUGUCAGAAGUAUGGAUGGACGGUCCGUUCCUGGACUUGGAUGCUGAGAAAAUCUCUGAUGAGCUCGACGUCAUGUGGAGGGUAGUACAUAAACUGACUAAGACUUUCUCCAAUCUUCGUGGGCCUUGUCGUGUGGCCCAAAUCUUCAAAAGCAAAAUAGACAAGUUCAAGCAGCACAUGCCCAUCCUGACGACCAUCUGCAACCCUGGCAUCAAAGAUCGCCACUGGGAGAAGAUUAGCAGCCUUGUGGGCUUUAGUGUCAAACCGGAUGCAGACAGCACACUGCAGAAUAUGUUAGACCUGGGACUUUCCGAGUUCUCUGAUAAACUGGAAGAGAUUGGUGCCUCGGCCAGUAAAGAGUACUCUCUUGAAAAAGCUAUGGACAAGAUGAAAAAUGAAUGGGCCGACCUAAGUUUCUCUUUCUCUCCGUACAGAGACACAGAUAUGAAAAUUGUGUCGGCUGUGGAUGACAUCCAAGUCCUUCUGGAUGACCACAUUAUUAAGACGCAGACAAUGCGAGGUUCGCCUUUCAUUAAGCCAAUAGAGACCAUUUGUAAGAACUGGGAGGACAAGCUGGUGAGCAUGCAGGACAUCCUAGAUUCCAUGUUGAAGUGUCAGUCUACAUGGCUCUACCUCGAACCCAUCUUCAGCUCAGAGGACAUCAUUGCCCAGAUGCCUGAGGAAGGCCGCAAGUUUGCCAUUGUGGACAGCUACUGGAAGAAUAUCAUCGCUGAAGCGCUUAAGGAUACACGUGUUCUGGUGGCUACAGACCAGCCCAACCUGCUGGAACGACUGCAGGAGUCCAAUGUGUUCCUGGAUGAUAUCCAAAAAGGUCUUAAUACCUACCUGGAAAAGAAGAGGCUGUAUUUCCCAAGAUUCUUCUUCUUGUCAAAUGAUGAGUUGCUGGCGAUUCUGUCACAAACCAAAGACCCCUUGUGCGUGCAACCCCACCUAAAGAAGUGCUUUGAAGGCAUCGCAAAACUGGAGUUCACCAAGGACAUGGAGAUUAUUGGCAUGAUCAGCUCUGAAAAGGAGACUGUGCCCUUGACAGAAAAGAUUUAUCCAGCCCAGGCCAAGGGCAUGGUGGAGAAAUGGCUGUUGCAGGUUGAGAACUUCAUGCUCAGGAGUGUUCGACAUGUCAUCCAUCAAGGAGUAAUGCAGUAUGCAGAGAUGCCCAGGAAGAAGUGGGUGUUACAGUGGCCUGGUCAAGUUGUCAUUUGUGCCUCCUCUAUCUUUUGGACCAGUGAAGUGUCAGAAGCUAUCCAGACCAAUUCUCUACAUGACUAUGCGGAGAAGUGUAAUGCCCAGAUUGCUGAAAUUGUGGAGCUGGUGCGUGGGAAGCUGCCUGGAGGAGCCAGGAUGACCCUUGGUGCUCUAACAGUGAUAGAUGUUCAUGCUCGCGAUGUUGUGGCAAAACUGGCAGAGGACGGUAUCUCGUCACUGAAUGACUUUGCGUGGAUUUCACAGUUGCGUUACUUCUGGGAGGGUGGAGAGGUGAUGCUGCGCAUGAUUACCACCUGCUUGAAAUACGGCUAUGAAUAUCUGGGCAAUUCACCCCGUUUGGUCAUCACACCGCUUACUGAUCGCUGCUACAGGACCCUAAUGGGGGCUUUGAAGUUGAACUUAGGAGGAGCUCCUGAGGGUCCUGCAGGUACUGGCAAGACAGAAACCACAAAAGAUCUGGCAAAAGCUUUGGCAAAACAGUGUGUGGUGUUCAACUGCUCCGAUGGUCUAGACUACAAGGCCAUGAGUAAGUUCUUCAAAGGACUGGCUCAGUCUGGAGCAUGGGCCUGCUUUGAUGAGUUCAAUCGUAUCGAAGUGGAAGUACUCUCUGUGGUAGCUCAGCAAAUCCUUUGCAUACAACAGGCCAUUGCCAAGAAUCUGGUGACUUUUAUGUUUGAGGGGACAGAGCUUUCCCUCAACCCAACCUGUUCUGUCUUCAUCACUAUGAACCCCGGUUAUGCUGGAAGAGCUGAGCUUCCUGACAACCUAAAGGCUCUUUUCCGCACGGUAGCUAUGAUGGUGCCAGACUAUGGUCUCAUUGGAGAAAUCUCACUGUACUCCAUGGGCUUCAUUGAAUCUCGCAGUCUGGCCCAGAAGAUCGUGGCCACCUACCGUUUGUGCUCCGAGCAACUGUCUUCCCAGUACCACUAUGAUUACGGCAUGCGAGCUGUGAAGUCUGUGCUGACUGCCGCAGGGAAUCUGAAACUGAAGUACCCUGAAGAGAAUGAAAGCGUGUUGCUGCUUAGGGCACUGAUGGACGUCAACAUGGCCAAGUUUCUGGCACAGGAUGUGCCACUGUUUCAGGGUAUCAUCUCUGAUUUAUUUCCUGGAGUUGUCCUUCCCAAACCAGACUAUGAUCUCCUCCUCAAGGCACUCAAUGACAACAUUGCUAAAUUGAACCUCCAGCCUGUCCCAUGGUUUAUUGGCAAAAUAAUCCAGGUAUAUGAGAUGAUGCUGGUACGUCAUGGCUUCAUGAUAGUCGGAGACCCUCUCGGAGGAAAGACUUCUGCAUAUAAAGUUCUUUCUGCUGCCCUUGGAGACCUUUAUAAGGCCAAGCUGAUGGAGGAGUUUGCAGUACAUUACUGCAUAAUCAACCCCAAGGCCAUUACUAUGGGCCAGCUCUAUGGCUGCUUUGAUCCAGUCAGUCAUGAGUGGUCUGAUGGUGUCCUGGCCACCUCCUUCAGAGAUCAGGCUAUCUCUACCUCAGAGGACCGACAGUGGAUCAUCUUUGAUGGACCAAUCGAUGCUGUCUGGAUUGAGAACAUGAAUACCGUACUAGAUGACAACAAAAAGCUCUGUCUGAUGAGUGGUGAGAUCAUCCAAAUGAGUGCCAAGAUGAGUCUGAUCUUCGAGCCUGCUGACCUGGAGCAAGCGUCUCCAGCUACUGUCAGUAGGUGUGGUAUGAUCUACAUGGAACCUCACCAACUGGGCUGGUCUCCUCUAAGAGAUUCCUACAUGAACACACUGCCAGAAACUCUUAACACUGAACACAGAGAGCUGAUCGUGGACCUCUUUGAUUGGUUAGUUCAGCCCUGUUUGAAUUUUAUAAAUAGGGAAUGUCGCUUUGUGGUGCAGACAUCUCCCAUCCACUUGGUUUAUAGUCUAAUAAGGCUUUUUACCUGUCUAAUGGAUGAAAUCUCUGCAUCAGAAACCAAUAUGUCCAGCCAGCAGAUAGCCAUGUGGCUCCAGGCUCUGUUCUUAUUCGCGGUUGUGUGGUCUCUUGGUGGAACCAUAACUGGAGACAGUCGAAAGAAGUUUGAUGUCUUUUAUCGCACUCUGAUUGCGGGCAUGGAUGAUGAGCACCCUCGUCCAAAGAGUGUCAAACUCAAAAAGAACAAUAUCUUCCCUGAGAGAGGCACUGUCUAUGACUACUAUUUCCAUAAGGAUGGACAAGGGCAGUGGAAUGUCUGGACAGAUUCAAUCACAAAUGAAGAGAAUGUCAUACCAGCUCAAGCCAAUGUGUCAUACCUCAUAAUUCCCACCAUGGAGACAGCUCGUCAGCGUUUUUUUCUGAACACCUACCUUGCACACGAAAUACCCAUGCUCUUUGUAGGGCCCACGGGCACUGGCAAAUCUGUCAUCAACAAAAGCGUCCUGGUAACCCUACCUAAGGAGCAGUACAUGCCAAACUGCAUAGACUUUUCAGCCCGCACGUCAGCAAAUCAGACCCAAGACAUCAUCAUGGCAAAGCUGGAUAGAAGAAGAAAGGGCGUGUUUGGACCUCCUGUGGGAAAGAAGUGUGUUGUCUUUGUUGAUGACCUCAACAUGCCAUCUAAGGAAAUCUAUGGAGCCCAACCCCCAAUUGAGCUGUUAAGACAGUGGAUUGACCACCACCACUGGUACGAUAAGAAAGACUGCUCAGUGCUGAACAUAGUAGACGUGCUCUUUAUGUCUGCAAUGGGGCCUCCUGGUGGUGGAAAGAAUGACAUUACGGGCCGGUUCACUCGUCACUUGAAUAUCAUCUCGAUUGACUCCUUUGAUGAUGAAACACUGACCAAGAUAUUCAGCUCCAUUUGUGACUGGCACUUUGCCAAUGGGUUUGAUGCCUCUUUCUACAGACUUGGCAAGAUCAUGGUCCAGGCCACCAUGGCUGUCUAUAAGGCCUCUAUGGAUAGCUUCCUCCCCACCCCAUCAAAGUCCCACUACAUAUUCAACCUGCGAGACUUUGCUCGAGUGAUACGAGGUGUACUCCUGGCUCCACACACACACAUGCAGGAAGGAGAUAAACUGAUCCGCCUGUGGAUUCAUGAGGUCUACCGUGUUUUCUAUGAUCGACUCAUAGAUGACAAUGACAAGGAGACUUUUUUUGCCAUUGUCAGAGAAACAACCUCAAAUUUCUUUAAGCUAAGUUUGGAUAAGCUCCUGAGCCAUCUCAGCCCAGAUGGCAAGGUAGUAGAUGAGAGCAUUCGCAGCCUGUUCUUUGGUGACUAUGCCAAGCCUGAUUCUGACAUUAAAGCCUAUGAUGAAAUCACAGACUUGCAGGCAUUGCAAGAAGUGAUGGAGUUCUACCUGGAUGAGUACAACAACUGCAGCAAGGCACCCAUGUCCCUUGUGAUGUUUAAGUUUGCUAUUGAGCAUGUUUCCCGCAUCUGCCGUGUACUGAAACAAGACAAUGGCCACCUUCUACUUGUUGGUAUUGGUGGUUCAGGGCGCCAGAGCACCACUAAGCUAGGCACCUUUAUAAAUGAUUAUGUCCUGUUCCAGAUUGAACUGACCAAAAACUACUGCAUGUCAGACUGGCGUGAAGACCUAAAGCGGAUGAUGCUUAAAGCAGGCAUCGAGGGAAGGAGUCUUGUGUUUCUGUUCAAUGACAGUCAAAUAAAGGAUGAGGCCAUGCUGGAAGAUGUCAACAUGCUGCUUAACACGGGGGAUGUGCCUAACAUCUUUCCUGCUGAUGAACGUGCUGGCAUCAUUGAGAAAGUGCAGGGUAUUGCUCGAAUGGAAGGCAAAAAGAUAGAGUCGACUCCACUCUCCAUGUAUAACUUCUUCAUUGACCGUGUAAAGGCCAACCUUCACAUUGUGCUAGCCAUGAGUCCCAUCGGUGAUGCAUUUAGGAACCGCCUUAGGAUGUUUCCCUCCCUCAUCAACUGCUGCACAAUUGAUUGGUUUCAUGCAUGGCCAAAUGAUGCACUGGAAAUGGUGGCCCACAAGUUCCUAGAGGAUGUGGAAAUGGAGAGUGACGUCAGACUGGAGGUGGUGGAAAUGUGCAAGACCUUCCAGACAUGCGUCAGGGAGAUGUCCCAGACAUACUUCUCCCGACUAAGGAGACACAACUAUGUCACACCCACCUCCUACCUUGAACUCAUCCUUACCUUCAAGACACUGCUCAAAGCUAAGAGAAAUGAAGUAAACACUGCAAGGAACCGCUACAUUAUUGGUCUUCAGAAACUGGAGUUUGCUGCAUCUCAGGUAUCAGUGAUGCAGCAGGAGCUGACAGCCUUGCAGCCAGAGCUCAUCCAGACCUCAGCUGAGACAGAUAAGAUGAUGGUUAAAAUCGAAGGGGAAACAGUGGAGGUGGAUGCUAAGAAAGAACUUGUGUCUGCUGAUGAGAAAGUGGCUAAUGACGCAGCAGCUGCUGCCCAAGCCAUUAAGGAUGAAUGUGAGGGAGACCUAGCAGAGGCAAUGCCAGCAUUGGAAGCUGCCCUGUCAGCCCUUGACACAUUGAAACCGUCAGACAUUACAGUAGUGAAGUCAAUGCAGAACCCGCCAGGUCCAGUCAAACUGGUGAUGGAAUCAAUUUGUAUCAUGAAAGGCAUCAAACCUGAGAGAAAACCUGAUCCUAGUGGCUCAGGUAAGAUGGUUGAGGACUUCUGGGGUCCCUCUAAAAAACUCCUUGGAGAUCUGAAGUUUCUGGAAAAUCUCAAAGCCUACGACAAAGACAAUAUUCCUGCCGCAUACAUUAAGAAAAUACGAGAUAAGUUUAUUGAAAACCCCGACUUCCAGCCAUCAGUUAUCAAAAAUGUGUCCUCGGCCUGUGAGGGUCUCUGUAAAUGGGUGCGGGCGAUGGAGGUGUAUGAGCGUGUAGCCAAGGUUGUAGCCCCUAAGAAGGAGAAACUGAAUCUGGCUGAGAGUGAAUUGGCCGUACAGAUGGAGAUGCUUGCUGUUAAAAGAGCUGAGCUAAAGCUAGUUGAGGACAGACUGCAGAGCCUGAAUGAUGACUUGGCGGCCAUGAUAACAAAGAAGAAAGAAUUGGAGGACAACAUUGAACUGUGUUCUCAGAAGCUGAUCAGGGCUGAGAAGCUUAUAGGAGGGCUGGGUGGGGAGAAGGAUAGGUGGACAGAGGCUGCAAGGCAACUUGGGAUCAGAUACACUAAUUUGACUGGGGACAUACUUCUCUCCUCUGGAAUUGUGUCUUACCUUGGAGCCUUUACAGUGGAUUACCGUACAGAGUGCCAGGAGCAGUGGCAUAUCCUGUGUCAAGAGAAGAAAAUCCCUUGCUCUGAGGACCUAACCCUCAGUAGGACUCUGGGAAACCAGGUGGCCAUUAGGGCAUGGCAGAUUGCUGGACUUCCUGUGGACUCCUUCUCCACAGACAAUGGUAUCAUUGUGUUCAACUCCCGUCGAUGGCCCCUAAUGAUUGAUCCUCAAGGUCAAGCUAACAAGUGGGUCAAGAAUCUGGAAAAGGCAAAUAAACUUGCUGUUAUCAAACUGUCCGAUGGGAACUACGUGAGAAUUUUAGAGAACUGCAUACAGUUUGGGACCCCAGUCCUUUUGGAAAAUGUUGGAGAGGAACUUGAUCCAGUACUUGAGCCUGUGUUGCUGAAGCAGACCUUCAAGCAGCAGGGCGUGGAGUACAUGAAAAUAGGAGAGAACAUUGUGGAAUACUCCAAAAACUUUUUGUUCUACAUGACCACUGGACUGAGGAACCCUCAUUACCUUCCUGAAGUGGCUGUGAAAGUCUGUCUCUUGAACUUUAUGAUCACUCCGCAAGGCUUACAAGAUCAACUUUUAGGGCUUGUUGCAGCUAAAGAGAAGCCUGAACUGGAGGAGAAAAAGAACCAGCUCAUUCUUGAGAGUGCUGCCAACAACAAGCAACUCAAGGAAAUUGAGGAUAAGAUCUUAGAAGUGCUUUCCUCUUCCGAGGGGAACAUCCUGGAGGAUGAGACUGCUAUUAAGAUCUUGUCGUCCUCUAAAAUACUCUCUGAGGAUAUCUCAGAGAAGCAAAAAAUUGCCAGUGUCACAGAGAAAGAGAUUGAUGAUACUCGCAUGGGAUACCGUCCAGUGGCAGAGCACUCUUCCAUCUUGUUUUUCUGUAUCUCAGAAUUGGCCAACAUAGAGCCAAUGUACCAGUACUCCCUGACCUGGUUCAUAAACCUCUACCUUUCCUCCAUCGCAGAGAGUUUAAAGAGUGAUGAUGUCACUGAAAGAAUCAACAAUAUUGUUGCGCACUUUACCCUCAAUAUCUACAAUAAUGUCUGUCGCUCACUUUUUGAGAAGGAUAAGUUGCUCUUUGCCCUUCUGCUCACUGUAGGCAUCAUGCAGGGUGGGGGCAAGAUUGACGAUCAAGUCCUGCGUUUCCUCCUAACUGGUGGCAUUGCUUUGGAUAACCCUUAUCCUAACCCUGCUCCAGAGUGGCUGUCUGACAAGUCUUGGUCUGAGAUUGUCAGGGCCUCCAAACUUCCAAACAUCGAUGGCUUCUUUGAACACGUCCAAGACAACAUUCCCAAAUGGAAGAAUUUUUAUGAUUCAGGAAAACCCCAUGAAGAGCAGUUGCCUGACCAGUGGAGCAAGUUGGUGGGACUGGACCGAAUGGUCGUGAUCAGGUGCUUCAGGCCAGAUAAACUGGUUCCAGCAGUGCAGGAUUUCAUAGUGGAUAACAUGGGACAAGCUUACAUUGAGCCACCCACCUUUGACUUGGGAGGGAGCUACAAAGACUCAAACUGCUGCUCUCCUCUCAUCUUCGUGUUGUCACCAGGAUCAGAUCCAACAGCAGGCCUGCUGAAGUUUGCGGAUGACCUACAAAUGGGGGGCAGUAAGACCCAAACCAUUUCCCUUGGCCAAGGACAGGGGCCCAUCGCAGCACAGAUGAUUGACAAAGGCAUCAAGGAGGGUACUUGGGUGGUACUGCAGAACUGCCACCUGGCCACCAGCUGGAUGCCCACUCUGGAGAGGAUCUGUGAGGCAACCAUCAUCCCAGAGAACACACAUCCUAGGUUUAGGUUGUGGUUAACUAGUUACCCAUCUGACAAGUUCCCAGUCAGUAUCUUGCAGAAUGGGCUGAAGAUGACCAACGAGCCUCCUAAAGGAAUUAGAGCCAACCUGUUACGCUCCUACCUGAGUCACCCUAUCUCUGACCCCAGCUUCUUUGAAAGCUCCAAGAAACAGGUCAUUUGGCAGAAGUUCCUCUUCGGUCUCACCUUCUUCCAUGCUCUGGUGCAGGAGAGGAGGAACUUUGGACCUCUGGGCUGGAAUAUUCCUUAUGAGUUCAAUGAGUCUGACCUGAGAAUCAGUAUGAGGCAGAUCCAGAUGUUUCUCGAUGAGUAUGAUGAGGUACCACUUGAGGCCCUUUCAUACCUUACAGGUGAGUGCAACUACGGCGGCAGAGUGACAGAUGACAAAGACAGACGUCUGCUGUUGUCGCUCCUGUCCAUCUUCUACAGUUGGGACCUGAUAGAGAAGGAGUGCUAUCACGUGUGUGAAGGAGGACUGUAUUAUGUUCCUGCUCAUGGCCCCUAUAAGACGUAUGUUGACUACAUUCGAAGCCUGCCAAUUUGUGCCGAUCCUUGUGUGUUCGGACUUCAUAGCAACGCUGACAUCACCAAAGAUAACCAAGAGACCAAUCAGCUCCUGGAUGGAGUACUGCAGACUCUGCCCAGGCAGUCAGGCGGCGGGGCCAAGUCUCCUCAGGAAGUGGUAGAUGGCCUUGCAGAGGACAUCUUGUCUAAGCUGCCAGCAGACUUUGACAUACAAAUGGUGAUAGAUAAAUACCCAGUCAUGUAUGAAGAGUCUAUGAAUACUGUUCUGAGGCAGGAAAUUAUACGCUUCAACAGACUUACAGGUGUGGUGCGUGCCAGCUUGGUAAAUAUCCGCAAAGCUUUGAAGGGCCAGAUUGUUAUGUCUUCUGAUCUUGAGAACGUCUUUAACAGCAUGCUGGUGGGCAGGGUGCCCGCUAUGUGGGCAGCCAAGUCGUAUCCUUCCCUCAAGCCGAUGGGGAGCUAUGUAACUGAUCUGUUAGCCAGGCUACAGUUCCUUCAAGAUUGGAUAGAUAGCGGACCGCCCACAGUCUUUUGGCUCUCUGGUUUUUACUUCACACAGUCUUUUCUUACUGGAGUUUCCCAGAAUUUUGCCAGGAAGUACACUAUCCCCAUCGACUACAUUGGUUUUGAAUUUGAGGUGACCAAAGAGGAGACCCACAUGGAGGAGAAGCCAGAGGAUGGAGCGUAUGUUCGGGGUCUUUUCCUGGAGGGGGCUCGCUGGGACAGGCAGAACAUGGUCAUCGGAGAGUCUCUGCCUAAGAUUCUCUUCGACUCUUUGCCCAUCAUCAAGCUCAAACCAGGAGAAAUGGCCAAGUUUCAGCAUGAAAACAUCUACGUUUGUCCUGUUUACAAAACUAGUGCCCGUCGAGGGACCUUGUCCACCACUGGACACUCCACCAACUAUGUGAUGUCCAUCGAGCUGCCCUCUGACAAGCCACAGAAACAUUGGAUUAACCGGGGGGUUGCGUGCCUCUGCCAGCUGGAUGACUAAGAACUGAUAUCAGGGUUGUAUAACAACCUGCAAUACUUGUUAAAAAAAAAACAAACACAUUUCUUAAAUCCACUUUCAUUGUUAAUGUUAAGAUAGUACUGGGGGUAUAUAUAGUUUUUUGUUUGUUUGUUUGUUUGUUUGUUUGAUCACAGUUUAUACUGAUCUAUAUUAGCACUCCGAAGGACUUGGCAUUUGUAUUUUAAGUGUGUUUUUUGUUGUUUUCAGUCAGUAUGCUCGUUAAAGGCUGCUACUUGAAAAUAAAGUCAUUAUAUUUAAAGUGA